CUACUUUUUAUUUCACCAAAGAACAAGAAGGAAACAACAAACACAAAACGCUUGUGUGGGUCUUCAGUUUAUGGUGUUGGUCGCAUGUUAUGCACUUUUCACUACAGUUUUCUGUAUUUUAGCCUAGUUUUUAUACAAAGGAGACCAUGCCUGUUAUUUGUGCGGUUUCGGGGUGCAACAAUAAGUUUGUGAAAGGGUCGGAAAUACGAUUUUACAGAUUUCCACUCAGCAAACCUCAACUUGCUACCAAAUGGGUGCACAGCCUCGGAAUGAAGAGCUUCAUCCCAACUGCAAACACCUGCCUCUGCUCCGAGCACUUCAGGAUCGACUGCUUCAGGGACUACAACGGCAAACAGUUUCUGAGGGAGGACGCUGUGCCUACGAUAUUCAACAAUGGGAAGGAUUCAAAGAUUGAACUUCGUAAGAGAGGGGCGGUACCAAAGGAGACAAACGUUGCGAGCCCGUUGACGACACAGGCGGAAGGAGACAGAGCGAGAGAGGCUGCUGGUCUACGCAGAGACAAAAGAGGAGGAAUGAGGGGUGGACGAGGAGGCCGUGGGGGAAAACAGCUUGCUGACAGACAGACCAUCGGAGCAAAGAGCAGAGUGUACGACAACAAAGGCCGCCUGCUGUCCAACAGUAAGGACAUGUGCGACUGUCUGGACGUGGACUGUAUGGGCUGCUUCUACCCCUGCUCGGAGUGUGGCUCUCGAAAGUGUGGAGUGGAAUGCCGCUGUGACAGGAAGUGGCUCUACGAGCAGAUGGAGGUGGAGGGUGGAGAGAUCAUCAGAAACAAGUUUGCCUUUUAGUCAGUAGUGACUCUUGAAAUAGUCUAUCCAUACCAGGCUGCUCCUGAGAAUCAGACCGUCUCCUUCCCUCGUAUUCAGCUGAGAGUCAGGCAGAUGGACCCUUACUGCGGUGACUACUUGAAGGCAUCUUCCACAAUGAUGAGUGAUAUUUAUCUGAUUUACAGAGCUACAGCCUGUGGUAGAAAACUGUAAGAUGUUUGAUUUUGUUUCUUUAAACAUGUUUCUCCAGUUUCCCUUACAUUUUUUUUCAAUUGUGUUCUCUAGUAUAUAUAUAAUGUAUAUUUUUUGUUCUGCCAUUUUGUGUAAAUAAACAGUUUUCUUAACAUUCA